AUGCUUCCUUGGAUUUUAAAAAGUAUCUAUAUGGCCGAGCCUGCAAUACAUUACUCUAGGGGAAGUGGGGGACACUACAAGAUCAAUAACAAGAUGGCUCAAGUCCCAGCAAAGAUUGUGCUAAAAAGCACAACAAGAAUGUCUUUAAAUGAUCGCUUCACCAACAUACAGAAGAGCCGUCCAGCCGUGUCAGUGCAGAAUAUUAGGGCCAAGAUGGCCGCUCAACAGCAGGCGUCUGUCAGGAACCGUAGACUGGCCCAGCAAAUGGCCAACAGACCUAGUGUGAUUGCUGCUCUGAAAAUCAAGAGGGAAUGGCAGCAGAAACAGUUGAACAAUGUUCUGGACAUACAUGGCCCUGUUCAGUCUUACCUCAACAAAUUCCAAAAGCAAGAAAGUGUUAGAAGUCUUAAACAAAGACUCGGCAAGAGUAACGUGAAAUCACGCUUAAGCCUGUCAGUGAUGCGUGGUCGUGGCGGUCGGAGCCGGUCUCGUGGUGGACGCUUCAGAGGGCGUGGUUUGAAUAUGUCAAUGCGAGGAAUGCCCAACAGAGGGCGAGGAUCAAACUUGUCCAGACAACAGAGUGCUCUUUCUCUUGGAAUGGGUGGACCUGGAAACAUGGAUGAUGGUAGAAAUAUGUCUCUCUUACAAGGACGUGGUAGAGGUCGUGGUUUGGGUAGAUUCCGUGGGCGACAACGUUUCCGCGGUGGUCGGGGUGGCGGACCAUAUUCAAGGUAA